AUGGAUGCUCGCGGAGGCGGCGUCGUCGCCUCGGUCGGGGAGCUGCUCGGCGACGGCAUGGGGCCCGAGGUCGUCGGGGACGACGACGAGGCUGCGGCCGCCUUGGAGGGGCUGGAGCCGUCGCCCGCGGACCCGCUUGUCAUCGAGCCGAACUCGUUUUUCUUGAGUACGGGGUUCAACGGCGAUGGGGGGCAGCAGUGCGAUUUCGCGUGGCUGGCGCUGCGGGUCACAGGCGCCCCCGAGCAGCUCGUGCGUGCAAGGUUCUUCUUCACCGACGAUGCGCGCUGGGACUGGUGGGCGGCGUCUCCAGGCGUGGCGGGUGGGAUUUCUCCCAGCGCCCUGCUGCACAUCUGUGCGGGCGAGCCGCGCGGCGUCGAGGCGCCCGCGGGCUGCGACGAGCUCGUCCACGUCGUGGACGCCCGCAGGCUGGAGGCGGAAGACAUCGCCGAGGUCUUCUCCAACUGCUUGCCCCGCAACCCCGAGGCGGUCUGGCCCGCAGACCUGCUGGGGCCGCGUGCGGCGCGGCUGACCGCCCCGCGCCUGUCGGCGCGCCCGACGAAGGAAACCGAGCGCACGGCCGUGGGCCACAGCGCUCCCCUCGAUGGGCCGCUCGGCGACAGUGCCUUGUCCGCGCGGGCUGCAGGCCUCCCGCUCAACCUGGAGCCCGCGCGGGACGAGCUGCGGGCCAGGCUCGCUGCGGCGCGGGGCCGGUUCGCCUCGGCAGCGCCUGGGGCCGCCGCGGCUGGCGCACCUCUAGGCAGUGCAGAGGGCGGGCCGAGCGAGGGCAAGCCGAAGAAGCGUGGCCUCGCCGAGGCGCUCGCGGAGCGCUUGGCGAAUGUCGCCAAGGCCUCCAGCGCCGAGGCGGCGCGCGGCUCAAGCGGCCCAGUUGCUGCGGCUGUGGCCAGCGAGGGAGCUGCGGGCGCAGGCGCGAAGGAACUGGCGACGGCGCUCAUGGCGGCGCUCAAGAGCUCGGCCACGCAGGCUGCUGGCAGCUCGGGCGCUGGCGCCGCCUCGGACCCCCUCAGGGCAGCCGACGGGGCCGCGGCCACAGGGGGGCUUGCGACCAAGCGGGCUCAUUGCAGGUUGUCGGAGCUCACGCUGAUGCAGAUGGCAGAGUUCCUCGGCGCCGUCGAGGCCGACGCGGCGCGGCUGAAGGCGGCGCAGGUGGCAGUCGGCGAUGGGCACUGGGGCGCGGCGAAGUGGCUCGAGCUGAUUCACGCCGAGGACGAGCCCACCACGCUGCGCAACGAGGAGGAGGAGAUGAUCCGCAGCAUCGAGCCUGGCGAGUUGAAGCUGGAGGAGCUCAGCAGCCGGCUUCGCAGGGCGCCGAAGGGCAGCGCGAGAGCAGGCGACGCGCCGCCUAAUCAGCGAGUCGCGCAGCUCGACAAUACCGCAGAGACGCUGCCCGCUGGAGGCUUGCAGGCGCCGCGGAACUUCAAGGCGGCGAGGGUUGUCUGCCCGGGGAAGGACGGCGAGACGUCGACGGAGUCGCGCGGCCAGAGGCGGUUGCAGACGUUGCCGUGGCUGCUGGAGCAGCGGGAGCUGGCGAGCGCCUCUCUCCCACGCGGCACGCGGGGCCUCCCCGCCGCGGGCUGUGCCGCGCGUGUCGCCGGGGCGUGGCGCAACGAGGUCGCGGUCCAGUUCGGCGCGAUCAUCACGAGCAUCGACAUGACAGUGCACCUCGUGCAGCUCGGUGAGCGCCACCCUGGCAGCCCGGGGACUUUCUCGAGAGAAUUUGCAGAGCGCGUGUCCACACUUUGCGGGAGCGGCAGGCGCGUUCGUGACCUGUUGCCGUUGCCCCUGCCGUGUCUCCUGGCUGUCAGGCGCUGGUGCACGAGCAGAGAUGCUGGCCGAAGGUGCAGGGCCAGGCCUUUCGCUCGUCAGGUAGCUGACGAGGCCUGGUUGCUUCUCGCCGUCGCAGCGCUGAAUUGCAAGUACUUUGGUCGCUGCAGAAAGGGUUGGAGGCAUCGCCCGAUCUUGUCCCAGGUGCAGCAGCAGGCCACGGGGUUCCUGGAGCCCCGCGUCGUCGACUUCGUGGGGGGCCCGCUCGAGCAGGUGAGCGCGCCCGCCGCCGACGCGGCCCUCGGCGAGGCGACCGUGGGCUACUCAGGCGAGGCCGUGGCCAAGGCGUUGCCCUGCGUGCUCGCGGAUCUGGCGUCGUCAGGCUUGCCGCAGCGUGAACAUGCCACAGUGCUGGGCGCCCUGGACUUCGUGGAGCACGACGUUCCCGAGUGGCUGGCCUCGCCCGAGAAGGCCCUUCUCCCCGAGGCCGACUGGCCCGACCCCAGGCCUCGAGCCAGGGCCAAUAUCGUGGACAGAGCGGGGUGGCAUGAGCUCGCGGUGCGCCUCGCGGAGCUCAGGAUCGCGGCGGUGCUAAGCGAGGACCUGUUUGUCGGGGUCAGGCGCGAGCCGCUCUUGAACGGGCCCAUCGCGGUAGCAAAGGAGGGCAAGCCAGGGCCAGGCGGCGAGCGGGUCACCAGGCUGAUAUUGAACAUGGUCCUUGGCAACGCCCUGCUCGAGCCGCCUGUCGGUGAAGCUUCGCUCCUCGUGCCGUCUGCGAGCUGGGCGCCCCUGCGCGUCCCCGAGGGCAAGCGGCUGCUGUGGACGGGUGACGACCAGAGGGGGGCCUUCUUCGUCUGGAGGGCCCCCGAGGCCUGGCACCCCUACAUGGCUGUCGGCAGGUCUCUUGCUAGCGCGCUCUUCGGGCGCCCCGAGCGGCAGGAAUGCGUCGCGCCCGCGGUGAUUGCCACGGGGUGGAUGCUGGCGGCCCCAAUCUUCCAGCGCAUUCACCGCAGGCUGCGCCGCCUGCCGCCGCCCAGGGGCGCAGGGCUUCCGCCUGAGCUGGAGUGGCAUAAGGACGAGGCACGCCCGAUCGUCGAGCCGGGCAGUGGCUGCGAGGCCGCCUGGUGGCAGGUCUACAUCGACGACUUAGGCGCGCCCGAGAUCGUGGACGAGGCGCGGGCGCGACAGUUCGGGGGCGCCGAGGCGGACUGUCAGCAGUGCGUUCGCGAGAGCUACAGGUGCGCAGGCCCCAAGGUGUUGAGUACCGCUGCCCUUUGCCUCGCGAUGUGGUCGCAGGAGCGGGUGCCCUGGCGUGUGUGCAUGAUGGACCUCGGCAAGUUGCGGCCACCUCUUCGGGCCCGCGUUGAGGGGAUGGUCACGGUCCCGGGCGCCUCGGAGUUCGGGGGCGGCGUCUGCGCGUCCACGAGCCCUCGGGGGGAAGCGGCAUUGGCGCUCAAAUUCGUGAGACAGGUCGUUGACCACCUCGGCGUGGGCACUCGGCUGCUCAAUAUGCCUGUAGACCCGCGUCGGGGGGAGCUCUUCGACGGCAUCGGCGGCCUCGCGGUGUCGCUCUCGAAGUUGCCCGUCAGGAUCGUCGCCUGUGUCACCGCCGAGACCGACGCGAAGGCCAGGCACGUUGUCCAGCUGCGCUGGCCAGGCGCGAUCGGCGGGGGCGGCGCGACGCGGGGGAACGAGGGCCGGGUGCAGGACCUCUUUGACACGUUCUCGGAGACUGUGGACGCGGGCGUCGCUGGCACGGGCGGAGGACUGCAUGGCCGCAGGGGCUCCCUGUGCUACGAGGUGCCCUGGAUCUUCUGGCUCUUGCGGCAGACGUUCGGGCGGCGGUUCUACGCGCUGCUCGAGAACGUGGCGAGGAUGGCGCCGCCGCUGCGCCUUGUCGACAAGGGCCGCUACCUCGAGGUCAUGGCAGACAACGGGCCGCUGCUGGUCAUCGAGAGGACCUUGCAGCACGUCCUCCUGGCGGAGUCCGCUUUGGCGCGCCCCCCCCUGUCCGUGCCCGAGAUCACGCGCGUCGGCCAGUGCCGCGAGACCUGGGGCCAGCGCGGCGGCUUCGAGGACAGCUCGGGCGACCCGAACAUCGAGGAGGCCAGGUUUAGCGAUCAUCGUGCCCAAGGGUCGCAGCAGCAGCUGCUGCAUGCAGCCAGCGCUGGAGGUUGGAUUGUCAUGGCGAUCGCGGCAGACAUGUACCCGCCGAUAGGCAGGCAUCGCGCUGACGAGCGACACCGCCGCGGGCGCGUGCUUCCCGUUGCCCAGGCUUGGCGGAGGCUGGACCUGUCGUGGGCGCUGCGGAAGGCCUGGCGACGAGUGGAACCUGCAGAGCGGACGUUGCCGUUCACGCCCGACAUCGCCGCGGGCAUGGCGAGCCUGGCAGUGGAGGCCGGAGCGUUCGACUUGAGCUGCCUGCUGCUCGUCAGCUUUGAGGGCCUGCUGCGGGGGGGCGAGGCCUUUGCGUUGACGGUGGGCGACGUUUUCGGCCGGGGUACUCAGUCGUGCUCCAUAUCAAGACGUCCAAGACCACAGCUGGCAAGGAGCGCGCUCAGAGCCCUCGCGCACGGCCAGGGCCUUCCUGGGCGCUACUCGCGGCAGCUUGCCUGGCGACGAGGCGCCUCGGACUUCUUCCUGCGGUCGUCCUCCAUGGAGGCAGCGAUCGGGAGACGCAGCUGGGCCAGCAGCAUGACGGCCCGCAUCUGCGUCGAGGGCGCGGAGGCCGACCUCGCGCGCGCCUGGCCCGCGGACCAGGCGCCCGCCACGCCGCAGCGCUUCCAGCCGCACCCGCGCAGCGUGGCCUUCCGGGGCGGCGGCCCGGGCAGCCCGAGCCUCUGGGGCGGCGCGUCCUCGGAGGAGGACGCGCGCGAGCCUGCGCGCGCGGAGCCCCCGCCGCCGGGGCGCCGCCGCUCCGCGGGGAGGCGCGUCGUGCUCGGGCGGCCCGCCGCCGCGCCAGCCGCGGCGGCGCCCCGGGGCGCAGGGCGCGGAUCGCCGCAGCUGCCGCGGCGGUGCGCGGCGGAGGAGGACGCGGAGGUGGAGGCGAAGUACGGGGUGCCGCCCGGAGACCUCGCGGCGGGCGCGCGCCCGCGUGCGGAGGAGGGCGCCGGCGGCGCGCUCAAGCGGGGCGCCAGCCGCACCGUGACGCUGCUGCCCCCCAAGCGCCGGCGGCUGCUCGGCGGCGCGUGAGGCCGAGCGCUACGCCUCCCCUGGUCGGAUGGUGGUCCGCCUCCGCCGGGCCGAGAGGGUGCCGCCCUCGG